CGGUCAAAUUAAGAAGGGCACGCACUGUUGUGGUCUUGUCUUGAGUAUUUAACAUUGAAGACUCAGCGCUUACUGAAGGAUAUGCAAUAAGGGGGAGGAAACGAGCCGAAUUUUCACCUUUUAACUCGUUUGUAUCCAUUUAGUGCAAUUAUCAUCGACGACUCAUCGCUUACUGAAAGAUAUGCAAGUACAAGGGGGAGGAAACGAGCAGAAUUUUGACCUGUUAACUGUUUCAGGUGGUGUGUUGUCUGAGUUCUUAGAAGUAGCAUUUCAUCUCAUCUUAUAUGUGAGGGAAGUCUAUCCUGCUGUUGUAUUUGAGAGAAGAAAAAAGUACAAUGUUCCUGUACAGAUGUGUUGUCAUCCAGAUCUGAACCAGUACAUCUUAGAUGUGCUUCACACCAUGAAGCCCUUAUUAGAGAAGGGUGAAGUUCAGAGAGUUGCCUUAGUGAUUUCAGACAAAAAGUUCACUCCUGUUGAAAAAUUUGUUUUUGAGAUCGGCAAUCCAGAAGGAGUUGAUACAACUGCAAGCUCAGACAAUGCCUUACUUCACACGGAAAGGGCGCUACGAGGUUUCCUCCUCAAGAUCAAUUCAUGCGAUGCACUGUUAGAGCCAAUCCCCAAAGGAUCUACAUUUUCCAUUCUUGUAUACACCAAAGAAUCAUCGUUCGUAAAACUGCAGGAGGAUCGCAAAGUUCAGGAAUUUCCAUGGGUUGAAGCAGACGAACGAACGAGAAAGAAGGAAUCCGUCAUCAUACCUCUUAAGUCAUCUUCUUCUGGAAUCCUAAAGAUGCAGCUUUUUGUCGAGGAAUGUGCCGAGAAGACUGGAAAUAGUGGAGACAAAGCUGCAGGUGUAUGAUGUAACCAUUUAAGCUCGAUUGUUAUCUUCUUGUGGAGGGGAUCACGCCUCUCAGAGUCAAAAUAAUUGCUUUAAAUGACUCAGUCAAUGAGGGUUGCACUGGCUAGUAAAACGCAGAGGAGGAGGGUUUCCGUUGAAACUCGAAAGGAAGUGGAAAAAUAUGUCAGCAUUCAUUAUAAUAAUCAAUUUAAUGUAUCGCUGGCAGCGUUCGUGGGCAAAAUUUGAAGCGAAUCCUUUAUUCUGAUUGGCUACUUUAGCGGGCCAGAUGGGCCCUUCUGGCUUGCUCGGGGUUGCCCGUUUUGAUCCCGCGCAAGGAAAAAAGUGCAUGGAGCGGACUUACAAAGGUCGUAACUUUUUGACAAUGUCGGCGAUGAAGUCGCAAAAAGCGGCUGAAGACAGUCAAAUCAAAGAGAACAGCCCUUUUGGGUUUAUUCUGCUACAAACGUAGUUGGCUUUCUUUCUCGGCUCUUGAAAUAAGUCAUUUUUUAUUCCUAUUAAAGCGAAAUCUUUUUGCCA